CUGAGCUUAAUGGGAUCCUGCGGAACACCACACCUAACCGCCUCUCAAGCUCUCCCGCCACCUUCCCGCCACCUUGUCUUCCCGCCAAACCCAACCAAAUCCCCAACACUCUCGCUACUAAACACCGCCACCCUCCCCUCCCACCUCCCCCAACUCCACGCUCGCCUCAUCAAGACCAACACUUUCCACAAUAACUUCUAUCUCUCCAAGCUCCUCUCUCUCUACAUCCACCACAACCUCCUCGACGACGCUCUCCUUCUCCUUCACCGUGCCAAGAAGCCCAAUGCUCUAGUUUGGAACACUCUUCUCAAAGCCUACUCCGAUCAUGGCCUCUUCUCCGAUGCGCUCUUGCUUUUCCGGCUUAUGCUUCAGAGUGGUGUGCGUCCUGACUGUUAUACUUUCCCAUUCCUUCUCAAAGCCUGUGAAGUAAUUUGUGUUGGUUGUUCAAUCCAUGCUCUUGUUUUGAAGCUCGGUUUGGAAGCGAAUCUUCAUGCUGAGAACUCGUUGCUUGGUUUUUACUCUAGAUGUUGCUGUGUUGACGAUGCGCAGAAGGUGUUUGAUGAAAUGGCUGAGAGGGAUGUGGUUUCUUAUACGGCUCUGGUUUCGGGUUAUUCCAAAGUGGGAGAUGUGAAGAGCGCGAUGGAGAUUUUUGAUUUGAUGCCGGAGAGAGAUGUGGUGUCUUGGGGUGCGAUGAUUUCGGGGUUUGCUCAGAAUGGUUUCCCUGAAGAGGCAUUGUGUCUUUUUCAAGAGAUGCAAGCUGUUGGUGUUCCUAUCAGUGAAGUGGCGCUUGUUAGUUCGAUCUCUGCUUGUGCGAGUUUGGGGCUUCGGAGUUUGGGGCUCUGGCUUCAUGCGUUCAUAAUUAGGCGUGGUAUUGCCAUUGGUGUUUUUACGGGCACUGCACUUGUUGAUAUGUAUGGGAAAUGUGGGGACUUGGGUUGCGCUAGCCAAGUGUUUCAGUCGAUGAAUGAGAAGAGUGUUGCGACUUGGAAUUCGAUGAUAGGUGGGCUUGCUAUGAAUGGUAGUGUGACAAAGGCUCUAUCAUUAAUUGAAGAGAUGGUGGGAAGAGGAAUAGAACCCAAUGAAGUUACUUUAUCUAAUGUUUUGUCUGCGUGCAGACACGGUGGACUUGUCAAUGAGGGUCGACAUUAUUUUGAUAAAUGGAGCAGGGAGUAUGGGAUUUUGUUGAACUUGGAUCACUAUGGAUGUAUGGUUGAUCUACUUGGCCGGUCUGGUUGUUUGGAUGAGGCCUAUAGAUUGAUACAGUCAAUGCCAAUGGAGCCUAAUGAGGUCAUUUGGGGAGCACUAUUAGGUGCUUGUAAAAUUCAUGGCAAUCUAAUUUUGGCUGAAGAGGCUCUUAAGAGGCUUGUGGAGCUAGACCCGGCAAAUGGUGGCAACUACGUGCUUCUUUCUAAUAUGUAUGCCGAGCUUGGAAGGUGGAAGGAUGUCGAGAGAGUUAGAGCUAUGAUGAGAGAUGAAACUGUUGUAAAAACUCGAGGUUGUAGUUCUAUAGAUCUGGACAGUGUUGCUCAUGAAUUUUCAGCAGGCGAGGAAUCUUAUCCGGGUGUCUUGUGAGCGAUGAUUGGAACUAUGUAGAUGAGGAAUAAUUGUAUGGCUACAAUGUAGAGUAUGUUCUGCUGAUAUACUUUGGAUGUAUUAUUCGUCAAAAUUUAUCUUAUUGUAUUCAUGCACUUGUAAUUCAUCCCAUGGUAUGAGAAAUCAUUAUUUCUGAGAACAUUCAUUGUCCAUCUGAAUUGUGGUUCAUAAUAUAUUGCCAUUG